UGUCGUGACUCAUGACUCAAGUCAUAGCAUGCCCCACCACAUCAAUACCAUCAAUCCAGAACUCAAGUCCUGGCGUACAACUACCAUGAAAUGAAGUGCCUUCACCAUCAACACCAAUUCUCAAUCUUAUGAAGAACAACAAAAUAGAGGGUAAUUUUCCACCUUCUUCGCUACAAACCAUACCAUAAGGGCCCCCUUUCAACGCAUGCUUUCCCUCCCAAAUUCUUCACCUUUCUCCCCUCUUUCCCUUCAUUUUUCUAUUUUCUUACAUGUUGUUGCAUCCGUGCCAAAAGGGGUUUGUUCCUGCACAAUUAAAUUCAACCCCUUAGGCUAUAAAAAAAAAAGAUUUUUCAUUUUCAUUUCUUUGGAAGGUUUCAAUAAUAAGAAGCCCUUGAUUCUAGAAGAAAAACAUGCCUCCCAUGUCCACGAUUCCAAUUCACAGACCUGAAUUUUGUACCUUAUUCUUCAAUGGGUCUCCAAGCCCUUAUAAAUGCCCCAGAAUUACUGCCUCAUGGAUCAUGGCCAUGGAUUCGAAAUUUUCUUCAACCAUCAAGAAUAAUAGUGAUAAUGAUUAUAAUCUGAAGAAGAAGAAGGAUGAAGAACUCUCUGUGCAGAUUUCAACCCCACCCAUUUCCAAAGUUGAAACUUUAAACUCCAAUGACCUCCAAUUUGAUCGAUUGCAGCCAUCGGAUCAAGAAUUGGGUCGAGUCAAAAGGUUUGAGUUUGGGCAAUUUGUCGCACGAGAAACUGUGCUUGAUGAAGAGUAUUGGACAGCAGCAUGGUUAAGGGCAGAAAGUCACUGGGAGGAUCGACCAUUCGAAAGAUAUGUUGAUAACUACAAAAGGAAAUUUGCGGAGCAGGAAUUUAAUGCAUUAAAAAGGCGGUGCAAGGUGCAAAAUGGUGAUAGCUGCGCAUGCAUCAUCACGGUGAGGAAGGAGCAGAAAAAUGCAAAGCACUCAAUAUUAAAAAGUGUUGUAGGAACCCUUGAUUUGAAUAUCCGAUAUUUGCUGCAAGGGGAGACUUAUCCCGGGGAACGGGUAAAGGCCCCUCUUUUUUGCAGCAUCAACAGAACACCACCAAGCAGAUAUGGCUACAUUGCAAACUUAUGCGUUAUCAAAUCAGCUAGGCGACAGGGAAUUGCAAGUAACAUGAUGUCUUUUGCUAUUGAAGCUGCAAAAUCUAAUGCAGGUUUGACACAGGUGUAUGUGCAUGUAGACAGAAAUAAUAGGCCUGCACAGAUAUUGUACCAAAAGAUGGGCUUUGAGAUGGUUGAAAUGGCAAACUCCCGGUUGGUAGAAGAAACAUACUUACUACGUUUACAGACAUAAAAUACGAAAGAUUACUUACGCUUCAAUUGGAUAGCUUUGGAACAAUUGCGAAUUUCAAAAUUUGAAUACGUUCCUGUAAUCUUAGAGGUAUAAGCUUUUAGUUUAUGUACAUGCAUGUAGGUGUCCAGGCUUGUACCUAUGGUAUCAAGUUUCCAUUAUUUCUCCCUUUUCAUUUUCAAUGCAUGGGUAUUUAAUUCUGCAGUUUUUUUAGGUGUCCUGUAUUCUUCCUGAAAUUAUAUUUAACGGAAAAAAUUGUCAUCUGAAAAACAAACUCUGAUUGUAUUGGAUUUGAAGAAAGUCAAGUUAUUUUUUAUUGCAACA